GGAGAGUCCUUGGCGCAGCGCGGAGGAGCAGGCGGCCAUGGAGAGCCUGGCCGGCUACGUCUACAAGGCGGCCAGCGAGGGGCGGGUGCUGACCCUGGCCGCCCUCCUCCUCAACCGCUCCGAGGCCGACAUCCGCUACCUGCUCAACUUCGUCACCCACCAGGGCGGGCAGCGCUCCACCCCGCUCAUCAUCGCCGCCCGCAACGGCCACGCCAAGGUCGUCCGCCUCCUCCUCGAGCACUACCGCGUCCAGACCCAGCAGACCGGCACCGUCCGCUUCGACGGGUACGUCAUCGAUGGUGCCACCGCACUGUGGUGCGCGGCCGGGGCUGGCCACUUCGAAGUCGUCAAGCUCCUGGUGAGCCACGGGGCGAACGUCAACCACACGACGGUGACCAACUCGACACCGCUGCGUGCCGCGUGCUUCGACGGGCGGCUCGACAUCGUCAAGUACCUGGUGGAGAACCAUGCCAAUAUCAGCAUCGCCAACAAGUACGACAACACUUGCCUUAUGAUCGCGGCCUACAAGGGCCACGUGGACGUGGUGCGCUACCUGCUGGAGCGGCAUGCCGACCCCAAUGCCAAAGCACACUGCGGUGCAACAGCUUUGCACUUUGCGGCGGAGGCCGGCCACCUGGAGAUUGUCCGCGAGCUGGUGAAGUGGAAGUCUGCCAUGAUGGUGAACGGCCACGGCAUGACGCCUUUAAAAGUGGCCGCGGAGAGCUGCAAGGCUGACGUCGUGGAACUGCUGCUGGCGCAUGCCGACUGCGACCGCAAGAGCCGGAUUGAAGCACUGGAGCUCUUGGGUGCCUCGUUCGCCAACGACCGGGAAAAUUACGAUAUAAUGAAGACCUAUCACUAUUUAUAUUUAGCCAUGCUCGAGCGGUACAGGGACAGCGAGAACAUAAUCGAGAAGGAUAUCCUGCCUCAGAUAGAAGCCUACGGCAGCAGGACUGAAUGCCGGACUCCUCAGGAACUGGAAGCCAUACGGCAGGACCGAGACGCCCUACACAUGGAGGGCCUCAUUGUCCGAGAGCGGAUUUUGGGUUCGGACAAUAUCGACGUCUCGCACCCCAUUAUUUACCGCGGCGCCGUUUAUGCGGAUAACAUGCAAUUUGAGCAGUGUAUCAAACUCUGGCUUCACGCCUUGCACCUGCGGCAGAAAGGCAAUAGGAAUACCCACAAGGAUCUCCUCCGUUUCGCCCAGGUCUUCUCUCAGAUGAUACACUUGAACGAGCCGGUGAAAGCCAAGGACAUUGAGAGCGUCUUGCGGUGCAGCGUCUUGGAGAUAGAGCAAGGGAUGGCCCGGGUCAAAAGCGCUCAGGAUUCUGAGCUCCACACAGCCAUGGACAACUACGAAUGCAAUAUCUUCACCUUCCUGUACCUGGUGUGCAUCUCCUCCAAGACCCAGUGCCGGGACGAAGAGCAGGCGCGGAUCAACAAGCAGAUUUAUAACCUGAUCCACCUGGACCCGAGGACGCGGGACGGGUCCAGCUUGCUGCACCACGCCGUCAACUCCGGCACGCCGGUGGACGACUUCCACACCAACGACGUCUGCAGCUUCCCCAACGCCCUCGUCACCAAGCUCCUCUUGGACUGCGGCGCCAACGUCAACGCCGUGGACCACGAAGGGAACACCCCCCUGCACCUCAUUGUCCAGUACAACAGGCCCAUCAGCGACUUUUUGACGCUGCACUCCAUCAUCAUCAGCCUGGUGGAGGCGGGCGCUCACACGGACAUGACGAACAAGCAGAAGAAGACGCCUCUGGACAAAAGCACCACCGGGGUGUCCGAGAUACUCCUGAAAACUCAGAUGAAGCUGAGCCUGAAGUGCCUGGCUGCUCGAGCAGUGAGGGUGCACCACAUCGGUUAUCACAACCAGAUCCCCAAAACGCUGGAAGAGUUUGUAGAAUUCCACUAGGCCACCCCCUCGAUGGAGGUGCCCCCCCCCGUGCCCUGGCGAAGGGUCAGACUCGAGUCAAUAAACACCAGGCAGAGCUUUUUGAAUUCCCUUUUCCUCCUCCCUUCUUUCAUCUACACUUGGUACGGCAGCACACUGUCUGUCUCUCUCACACACACACGCUUGUGUGUCUGUCUCACAAGUAGGCCCCCUUGCUUUAAUUUGGAAGCCCGUCACCUGGUUUCCAAGAAUCCCAUUUGGCAGACUCCAGAAUGGGUGCAAAAUGUUUUGAUCCUGUGAUGCGCCCGGGUUUUUCCUAUUGACAGCUGAGAAUGCCUUUGAGGCGCUACCUGCAAAGAAGUUCGUGUUUGACUGACUGAACCGGCAUGUUACCUAUGCAGCAGUGGGGGGAACUGAGAGGGAGGCGGGGAGGGAGGGAGGGAGGAAUGAAAACAGAAUUCAGGAGGAUCUUUUAUUGCUGGGAUCCCACCACACCGUGCAAAGCAGCCCAGGGAAACGUAUUCCUCACCAGCCUACUUUUAAUGCCUUUCUGUUCCCACUGAAAUUGUCAGUACAUUUUUUUUUAAAAUAAUAAUUUCUGUUUGAAAUGAAAGUCAUGCUGAUCACUUCCUACAGACAGAGGAAAAUGCUGGACAUAGCUCAGGUGUGUGAAUGGGUUCAUUCAACUGUAUUGGGUGUUGGGGGGGAAAACAGGCAUACCUGCUCUCUUUUUAUUUAAGUUGCUUUUUUCAAAGGGUUGGGCACGGAUGCCUCGGUCAGUGUUCUGGAGAAGGCGAUGCAUUUUGAUUAACGCCAAGUCCGAAACCCACAUCUGAAACGUUACCUGCUGUGUUUUCCUGGUGUCUUCCAAUCAGUUGCUCUACAAGGAUCUUUUUGAAGGGUGAGACCAUCCCUUUUAGAUAUCUAAUGUUAAGCCAGUGGCAGGGAAGGCUCAGGGAGGAAGAAAGAGCUGGGUUUUUUGCAGCACUCAGACCCCAAGAAUAGAUUUUCACCUCAUUCCUUUUCAUUAUGGAAUUUUGCAGGAAAAUUGGUCUUCCCGCGCGCGCCCCCCUUCAUCACAACAAAGCCGCAAUCAUCUUCUGUGAAGGUUGAUUUGUUUUUUUAAAAAAUCAUUAUCGGUACCGUGACUGAAGAAUGUUUGUGGCCUGUGAGCAGCACCUCUCCUUGCCAGAAACUUCAGCAGCUGAAUGUCAAAUUUUGAUAGGCUACAAAAAUUGCGCUCCCCCCCUCCCCCACUUUGGACGCCACUUUUUAAUUGUCAAGACGGAGGAAGAAUGUCCCGCAGUCCUAUUUUUGAAAACAGAUCAGAGAGUUCUAAAAAAAAAAGGAUGUUCUG